AUGUUAAUCAGAAUAAUCGUUGUUAUCUCGAUUAUUUACCUAGUCAAAAUAACAACAUCCGUUUUCAAUUAAAAGAAACUAAUUUCUCUGCAGUUUUCGUCCUUUUGUCCAAGCUAAGUAGGUCAAAAGCUACUGGUCUGGACAAAAUUUCGUCCCGCCUACUUAGAGAGUGCCCUGAUUUAAUAGCGGAAUCUCUUAGCUACAUUUUUAAUCGAUCAAUUGUCUCCGGAGUAUUCCCAGAUGAGUGGAAACACGCUAAAGUUGUCCCAAUACACAAACAAGGGAGACGUAAUUGCCCUGACAAUUAUCGUCCGAUUUCCAUUGUCUGGGUAGUGGCUAAGGUUUUCGAAAGGAUAAUUUAUGAUCAGCUGUAUUUAUUUCUAUCUGAAAAUAGUCUGUUAACUAAUUGUCAGUCGGGAUUUCGUGGUCUACAUUCUACUGUUACCGCCCUUGAGGCCACUAACGAUUGGGCUUACAAUAUCGAUCAUGGAAGCGUAAAUGCUGUCCUGUUUCUCGACCUCAGGAAGGCGUUUGAUACCGUAGACCACGAGAUUCUUUUAGGAAAACUAAAUUCAUAUGGCAUCAAUG